GUCAUAGGCGAUUGCGAUUGGAUUGUCGAAUGUUGAUUGAUCAGUAUACUCAUGUUGUAGUGGGUUGUGUUUUUUGUCGUGCCAUAUUAUUAUUGUUAUUAUUAUUUAAGUUAUAGCAAAUACAAAUUUAAAGACUGUAGACUAUUAGUGAUGUAUUUUAGGAUACAGAGGUUAUUAUUUUUAGCAGUCCUUAUUGGAUUUGCAUCAACAGCACAGAAUAACCAACGAAGUAGCAGUGAUAUCACUUUUAAAGACGAAGACUCUGCAAUUGAAGGCAGUGGAUAUAAUGGAGAGGUGACGCACGACCUGGAAUCAAGUGGUUCUGGUUUUGGACCAGAUGACGAAGAUGAUCAUGAUAACGACAAGCAGGAUAGAAUAAUAGAACCAAAAAUAAGUCCACCUCAAGAACCAAGUUUCCCUAGAAACAUACCGGAACUGGAAACUGAGAAAGACAAAGACAAAGAAACUAAAGGUUCGCCUAACACUACGUUGGAUCCAACUGUCAGAAUGAAUUCAAAUGAUCGCCCAACUUCAUUCUUUACUCAACCCGGCAUGAUGGCUGCUGUGGUUGGUGGCGCUGUUGUUGGAUUACUAUGUGCAAUAUUAGUGGUGAUGUUCAUCGUCUACAGAAUGCGCAAAAAGGAUGAGGGCUCAUAUGCAGUAGGAGACCCCAAGCAAUCGCCAAACUCAAACUCGUACAGCAGAGCUACAACAAAUAAAGAAUUCUUUGCCUGAAAGUAGUCCUACUAAAGAAAUUUUCAAUAAUGUGGAAGAUCUGACAUUGCUCAUUCAAGAAGUUCAAGUAAAAGAUAUGAAAGGGAUCUUCCACUUGAAGCUUCGCGACAUUACAUUCAUACGCACAUAAUGCAGUUUUACAAAUUACCUUUUUGUUCAAUUUCGUUACAUAUUUUCUUGUCGGAAAACUGCCCUAAAUCAUUGAGCCGCCAUUUUGUUUGUUUGGGAGAUGUACAUAAAUAUACAUAUAUGGAAUGUAACAAAAGUAACUAAAUGUUGUACGUCCAUUAUAAUCUUGAGUUUAUAGUACAUUUUUCUUUUAAUUUUGACUAUUUUAAUAAAAUUUAUCUUUACCUUAAAUGUACUAUAAACUUAAAUUUACUUAAGUACCUAAUAUUCAAUAAAUUUAGGAGUAGUUUUAUUGAUAUUUUCCAAAAUUGUCUAGGAACUAAGCUAUCUAUGCUUAUUAAUGCAACUAUUUAUGCUUUACAUUAUUUAAAGACAUAUAACUAGAGUACAGCUGGUUUUAUGACAAUUUGUUAUUGUAACCACAAAUUACAGUUUGACAUUUGCAGCUAAACCCCCCACUUUUUACACAUUUUAAUAAAUUCUCAGUGAUAAAAGUAAUUGGUUCAGUAUUAAUUUAUACUUGAUUUGCAUUAACUGCAGAGUAUGGCGUAGUAUGACUCCAUUUCUUUGCAAUAUGAGCACUUUUUCAUUGGGUUUUUUAUUUGUAUUAAUCAGCAUAUAAAGAUACAUUCCUAUAAGCUUCACAGAUAGACAAAUUACAGUCCCUGCUCACCAAUCACCAAAACAGAUGGAAAAAGUCGAGUUCCAGCACACUUUUAGCACAUUCUAUUAUCUGUCACGUUUUGACAAUUCAAUCAAAAAGUUUCACCAUUUUUAACGUAAUUAUGCAGGAUGAUUAUUCACUAAUUUGUUAUCAAACGCAUUCAGCAGGCCUGGAUCACUGUGAAGAUACUUUUAACGUGCUUCAAAUUAAACAAGCUCAGUAAUACAUAAUUUGAACAGGGACUGUACACAUUGAGCACCAAAAUCAUCGGCAUGCUAUAAGUUUGGCCAUCAUGAUAUAAUGAUAGUGGAGAUAAACUUUAAUAGGGUCUAACCUAUGAAGCAAGUGCUUGAUAGAUUUCUAUCCUAGUACAUCCAAUGAAAUAGACCAUGCUGUAAUGGAGACCUUUUUCAAGCAUUGGGAACACUGUAGAUCUACAUUAAAUGGUCCCACUUUACUACUACUGCCUUCUUUAUAGUCAAAUUCUUCAACAAAUUUCUUAAGUAUUUUAUGUAUAGUGGGCUUUUGUUUUUCAGUUAUAUUAAGUGCCCACUAUACAUAAAAUUUGUAAGAGAUUUGUUGAAGAAUUUAACUAUAAAGGAGGCAAAGAAAGUAUGCUCACGUCUAUUCCCAUUCUGGUCAGAGUGUAACCUUUUUAAUAUUGGUAAUAUUGGACAUUAUUGCUAUGAUAGACUAUAUUUUAUUUCUUUUUUGGACUAUAUUAAAAAUUUAUUUCAUUAGGUAUAUAAAUUUGACAUACUUUGAUUGUUUUACUUGCAUUGGAUGCAUCAUACCUCGCCAUAACAAGCAACGAGUAGUUAAACUGUGUUAGACAGAGACGAACAAAUCCACUGUGUUCUAUUAGUAGUUAGAAUUAAACUAAAUGUUUGAAUAAUCAAUUCUUGUAGUGGUGCACGUUUAAUUCCAUUUGCCACUUUACUCUCAAGGCAUUCAUUAACUGUUUAAAUAUUGAAUCUGCUACGAGGAAUUGACUAGAUUGGCAGCUUAUCCCAGUAGAUUACACGUGGCAUUUGUUCGUCUAACUGAUCUAACAUAUUUGACUUUUAUAUUGAGACUGAAUUCAAAGAUAUUCUGUUAAAUAUGAUUUUUUUUUGUUUGUAAAAACUGUAUACCAUUGCAUUUCGUGUUUUUAAAUAUUCUUUAAUAAGAGCAAAAGGUAUAAAAUUGAUCUGUAAGUAAAGGAGAAUCAGGUGGUCGCUGUUAUUUACUUUAGGUAAUAGUCCAAGAGGCAGCGCUGAAAAAUCUCUUUGAAUUUACUAAAGCUAGGUUUUUCACAGUUGAUUACUGUGAUUGUGUAGAGAAACAUACUGCGGUCGGUCAAGCGAAACGUAGAACAGGGGUUACUGAGAGGGUAUCAAAGUUGCUUUCCUACGAAGGUAAUUAAAUCCAUUUACUAAGGCUGAAAAUCAGUACAUACAUUCUAAAUUAAAUAUAAAUAAAGGUUAUUAUAGUCGGUCAGCUGUAUGACGGGACAGAGCCGGUCGAUCGGCCCCAAUGAAUGUACAGGGUUAUUCACUAUAUUUUGACCCCCUUGUAAACUGCUUUAUUUACAGAAUUAGAAAAAAAUGUAAUAUACAAAAGUUAUUCGAUUUUUAAAUUAUGAUUUUUUGACAUAUAUCGUACUAGUGACGUCAUCCAUUUGGGCGUGAUGACGUAAUCGACUAUUUCUUUAAAUGGGAAUAGGGUCGAGUGCUAGCUCAUUUGAAAGGUUAUUCAAUUCCCUAUUCAGUAAUAUAAACAUUAACAUGAUUAAUUAUACAAGGUGUCCAAAAAAAAGUUUUUUAAUUAAAUUAAUUGUUUAAUUAAUAAUUCAAAAAAAAUUUUGGACACCCUGUAUGAUCUUAAUGUUUAUAGUACUAUAUAGAGAAUUGAAUAGCCUUUCAAAUGAGCUAGCACACGACCCCUAUUCUCAUAAUUCUGUAAAUAAAGCUGUUUACAAGGGGGUCAAAAUAUAGUGAAUAACCCUGUACAUUCAUUGGGUCCGACCGACCGGCUCUGUCCCGUCAUACAGCUGACCGACUAUAAUAACUUUUAUUUAUAUUUAAUUUAGAAUGUGUGUACUGAUUUUCAGCCUUAGUAAAUGGAUUUAAUUACCUUCGUAGGAAAGCAACUUUGAUACCCUCUCAGUAACCCCUGUUCUACGUUUCGCUUGACCGACCGCAGUAUGUUUCUCUACACAAUCACAGUAAUCAACUGUGAAAAAUUUAGAUUUAGUAAAUUUAAAGGGAUUUUUCAGAGCUGCCUCUCCGUCUAUAAUUGGAAUGAACCAUAUGAUUAAUAAUUUAGGAAAAAAUUCAAUUAAAAAAUUUUUUAAUAAAAUUUUUUUAAUUAAUUUAAAAUUAAAAAUUGUAAUUGUGGUUUGUCUCAAUUAAAUAAAAUAGUUAACAUAUUCAACUGCAUGCCUGGAUAUCCUCUACGUCUACAGUGCCAUGAUUAGUUCUCUUGGAGCGCAUAUUCAUCUUGAGGAAUAAAAAAGUAUAACGGAGAGAUAUCAGGGUUAUAGUGGGUGUGGUAAUGUUGCAAUACUUUUCUUCAUCAAAACCCAAAACCUUUGCUGACAGGAGCCGUUUAAACCUGCUCUGAACGUCAGACUUUGACGGAAACUAACGGAAAUAUUGUUUUUCCAGACAUGUUUCCAGGUCCGAGUUAAAACUCACUUGUCGGAGCCUAAUUGCCACACCUCAUAUGAUAAUUAUUCCUAUUUUUCGUUGACCUUAUAGUCACUAAUAUGUCCUUCAAAAACUCCAAUUAAUAAGCCUACUCAGAAUAUCAACAUCUUUCAGUAAAAUCUUUUAAAAAAUUUAUUGUAGUCAAGUGCAGCUACUUGUAUUAGUUAGGUGUUAUGUACUAGAGCUAGUUAUGUCUAAACUCUUGAUAAAUAUGUUCUUCAAACACUCCAAACAAUAAGCCUACUUAGAAUCGUCAAUAUAUUUCUGUAAUUUCUUUAAAAAAUCUAUCAUAGUCAGGUGCAGUUACCUUGUACUAGUUUCAUUUUGUGUAAACACUUAAUAAAUCAUUUUUAAAACCUUAUAAUAUCUCGUGUAAUUUCUAUAUAUGUGGUGUCCUCGCUUAUAUCAAAUUACUUUUCACUUUCUAUUAAAAGUAAAUUAAACCAUUGUAGAAAAAUUCAAAUAAAUUGGUCUUUCCUGAUAGAACUAGCCGAUACAGGACGUAUUAAAUAUCGAUACAUUUUUGGCAAAGUAACGUAAGUGACAUUUUUGGCGAAAAUCAUGUUUUUCCAUUAAACUAACACUACAUAUUGUUUAGAAGGUAAUGCCAAAGUGUAGUAAGCCUAGAAUUACUUUAAACAUAAUAUAUGUAUAGGCUUACUACACUUUAGUGCCUUCUGAACAAUAAUAGCGUUAGUUUAAUGGAAAAACAUGAUUUUCUUAAAUGUCACUUACGUUACUUUGCCAAAAAUGUAUCGAUAUGUCCUAUGUUUACAAAUGUUCUUAUCAGAUGGCAGCUAAAACAUUGGUUUAUUAAUGUUUACAAUUAGUAAAAUCUUCCAGACUACCAGUCACAAUAAAUAAGUAUUUGUUAAGAUUAUGUUUAUGAAUCAUUAUAUUGCAUUUUAAUAUUUAUUUACAUUCCCUUUAAACAGUCUAAAUACUCUAAGACAUAAAUUAUUUAUAUUACCCGUUAUAAAUUUGACAUAAUAUUUACACUGGAAGUACUCAAUGCUACAAAAUGUAAACUACAAAAAAAGGGAUUAUUUGGUGAUAGGCUUAUAAAGAUGAUAUUGAUUAAAAACACGAUUUGCUUUGCUGUAUUAGUUUGGAAAAUAGUAUCAUAAUGACAGUGAGAACAAAACGGCACCUCUAAGUUAUUUUCGAAUUUCACAAUAUUUUAAGUAAGUUUAGUUUUUAGGAAAUAUUAAAUAACUGGAGGCACAAGUUUUUUUAUUUCUUUUAUAUUCGUUUUCAUGAUCCGUAUUCUAGCAAUUCUGCACAUAUCCAGUGUUUUCAUAUAUCUAAUAAGCAAGUGGGUCGAGGUGGAGGUGUAGGUCGCGGUGGAUGCCACUAGUUAAGUCGCGGUCGAUGUUGACAGCACAUAGCAAGGAGGUCACCUGCGCUGUCAGUCGAGCUAGAACCACUAUCAAGUGAAGUAGUUUAAUGAAAUUUGAAGAAAUUCAAAAAUAAACUGAAUACAAAAAAGGGAUUAUAUAAAAAGUAUCAACUCCGAUAGAGCAGGUAAUGACAACUUGGCUUCGAACGGAACAAUUACAGGGAAGCAUCCUUGUAGGCCGCGCAGUAGACAUUCAUGUAAAACAAACUCAUUUUAUUUUCAAAAGCUGCUCUGUUCUCUUCCAUUUACUACAAUGUGUUUGUUUUACAUGGAUGUCGACCGCGACCUCCACCUCCACCGCGACCUACUUGUUCUUAUCUUACCCUAAGAUUGCAAUAAACAAAUUAAAAAAGGACUCUAAGGUACUUACUGUUUGAAUUGUGCCAUGUUUGGUCUUCAGAGAUAUAUGUAAAAAAAGUACUUUAUCACCAUAAUUAGCUUAAUUUAAAAAGACAUUUAGAUGUAUUUGGUCUAUGGAAUCCAAAUUAUUGAUGCCUAAAACCAAUUCAACAAAAGACAUCCUGCACCCACGUGAUGCUUCUGCGCAACAACAGUUCAUUGCAUAGUCUUUUGGAGGUGUUCUAAUCUUAUAGAAAAAAUUUUUCUGGUACUGAUUUUGGAGUUGUUUCUAGACCUAGACAAACAUGUUCUCUAAAUCAUUAUUGACAGACGUGUACCUCCGCUCAAGUAUAUUCUUCUGUAAAACAAUCGUUAUGACGAGGACAACAUGUAGGUGGCUAAAGUAGAAACUGAGCAGUCUUUCAUAAAGUUUAUGUUUAAUUUUUUCUAGAACAAUUUCAAUUUGUCUGGGCAUUCCUAAUUCCUAGCUUAAAUAACAUUACUAAAUGUUCUUGUCAGAUUUAUGUACUGAAUGAUUAAAGAACUACUAAUGUCAAAGGGCUUCAAUACAUAAACGCUACAUAAAAACUUCAUCAUUGAUUCGUUAAAUGUAAAUGUGUGAUUUUUAUUGGAUCUAUCCUCGAUGCUAUAAGAUCAUCCACAAUUUUCACUGCCUAAGUAACCUUGAAGUAUGUAGCUUGAAGCGAAUGCAUUUGAUUAUCUAUAAUUACUUCCUGAGAGGUAUAGAUUCAGUUAGACGACUAUACGUUAGUAAAUAAGUAUGAAAAACUUUAAGGGCUAAUUCUACAUGAAAAAUUAAUGUCAGAUUGCUCUAUAAACAUUAUAGGUUUGUUCGUAGUACGAUCCAAACGAUCAGCAACCGUUGCCAACCAUCAGACGCAUGCGCAGUUAACCGUUGGCGCUGCGCAGUUAACAGUUAGAGUUUGUAGAUUAGGAACGCGCAUGCCUCUGAUGGUUGGCAACGGUUGCUGAUCGUUCUACGAACAAACCUAAUAUCUCGCAUAUACUUCGUUGCGGUGUUGAAAUUUUUUUUCAAACUGCCAAUUUAUUUAUUACUCUAAGACCAGUUGAGCUAUGAAAAUGAAAUUUGGUCAGUUUUAGGAGGUAGUUAUUGCGCAUUUUUUGACAUACAAUUAAGAAUUUUGUAUUCAUCAUUGGCGCGCCUACGGGUAAUGGACUGAAUUUUUUUAAAGAAAAUAAUAGUACGCCACUGAGAUAUUAAAAAUUAUUUCUAAAUUCCACGUUUAAUUGUUGAUAAAAAACCUUUCUUGCCUUUUUUCAUAUGGUACACCGUUUUUAUGCAGAAAAAUAAAACAUCUUGACGCGUAUUUUUCAUUUUUUAAUACAUUAUCAAGAAAUAUCCAAUAUAAUAAUACUAAACUGGAACAAUAACAGAAAAUAUUAAUAAUAAGAUUUUAAAUAAGUACAGGGCUACAACAAAUGUUAAAAAUGACCUCCUUUAGAGGUUACAGAAGAAGUUUAUAUUCAUCAUUGGCGCGCGUACGGGUAAUGGUCUGCAUUUUUUUAAGAAAAAAAUAGUACGCCACUGAUAUAUGUCAAAUUAAAAAUCAUUUUUGAAUUACUGGUUCAAUUUAUGACAACAAAUCUUUCUUGCCUUUCAUUUCAUAUGCAGCGCUGUUUUUAUGCAAAGAAAUAAAACAUCUUAACACUUACAAAGUAUUUGAACUAAGUUUCUAUGCAUAUGGAAACUACCUCAAAUACUUUGUAAGCGUUAAGAUAUUUUGUUUUUUUUUAAACCGGCGCACGUAUGAAAAAAAGGCGAGAAAGAUUUUUUGUCGUAAAUUGAACGGGGAAUUUAAAAAUGAUUUUUAGUUUGACAUAUCUCAGUGGCGUACUAUUUUUUUCUUAAAAAAAUUCAGACCAUUACCUGUACGCGCGCCAAUGAUGAAUAUAAAAUUUUUCUGUUACCUGUAAAGGAGAUCAUUUUAAACAUUUCUUGUAGCUUUGCCCCUACUUAAAAUCUUAUUAGUAAUAUUUUCUGUUAUUAUUCUAGUUUAGUAUUAUUAUAUUGGAUAGUUCUUGAUAAUGUAUUAAGAAAUGAAAAAUACGCGUCAAGACGUUUUAUUUUUCUGCAUAAAAACGGUGUGAAAAAAAGGCAAGAAAGGUUUUUUUAUCAACAAUUAAACAUGGAGUUUCAAAAUAAUUUUUAAUUUGAAAUAUCUCAGUGGUGUACUAUUUUUUUCUUAAAAAAAUUCAGACUAUUACCCGUAUGCGCGCCAAUAAUGAAUACAAAAUUCUUAAUUGUAUGUAAAAAAUUGCGCAAUAACUACCUCCUAAAACUCAUCAAAUUUCAAUUUCAUAUCUCAACUGGUCUUAGAGUAAUAAAUAAAUUGGCAGUUUGAAAUAAAAAUUUCAACACCUCGUAUCUCGAAAACGAAGCAUUUGCGGACAUAUGUUUAUAGAGCAAACCGGCAUUAUUUUUUCAUGUAGAAUUAGCCCUUAAAGUUUUUCAUACUUAUUUGCUAACACCCUGUAUAUUUACUGGAACCUUCCUCGUACAUGAUGUUCUUAGCUCUUAACGUUCUAUCUACACCUAUUUGUAUUCAGCUUAGCUUGUGCCUCGUCUAUAUUUGGUUUUAUAUUGUGUAUGUACACAUUGUGUAUAAAAUUAUUUAUUUAUUUAUUCAGAAAUAGUACAGAUCGACGUGUGCCGACACCCAAAAACUGAUUCUGAAUCAAAGACCUCAUUAUGGCAGUUAAAUUCACAAAACAAAAUGAGAAUAUUUUUUUAUAACAUAAGUAUAUGUGCCCAUUUAAAAUCCACCUCACCCUUCAAUUAUUUUAUGGACAAAGCACUUAACUUCACAUUGGAAGCCAGUUUGUAAAAGUAUUUUAAAUGUGAUCAUAUGUGCAGCAAUAUCUAAUUUUAGAUCUGUUAUUACUCAGUCUGUUCCUAAAUUUUUGUAGUAUUAUGUUAAGUCUCUUUAAAAUGGCAACUAUUUAACUUACAAUGGCUACCAUCUACAAUAAAAAAUGUAUGUAUCAUGCGUAAUAAUUCAGCUUUUAAGGAAAACUCUUGAUUUUACUAGCUUCUCAUAGUUCGAUAAAUUUCAUUUGACAGCUGUCAAAAUAUGACGUAAUCGCCAUAUUUCUUAAAUGAACAUAUAGCAUGUGAUACAUAAUUUUGAUGUCUUUUGCCUCAGAAAAUAAUUGUAAGGGUGAAUUUUAGACACACUAUAUUUAUCUUCUGAUAUGUGAAUUGAAAGUUAUAAUUUGAUGAUUGAGAUAUAUUUUACUAAUUGAUAGGAAUUAUUCGUUCUUUUUAAUUUUUUUAUUAUUAAAUUUAUAAAUAUAUUUGAAUUUGUGGCUGUCGUAGCUUGUCAUGGCAAAACGUCAAGGCCCCAAUGCAUCUAACAUGCCACUAGGGAUCAUUACAUUUGGCUUAACACCAAUGUAACCAAUCUAAGAAGACAAUAAAUUUGUUGUAGAAAAUAUACGCAAAUAAACCAGAAAUUAAUGACAUUGGAGCCAGUAUGUUCUGCUCAGUUUGUUCGCUGCUACAAAUUCAAAUAAAACCAAUAGUUGAACACCUGAAUGUAGAUUUCAGUGUAUAAGUAUAAGCGCAGCUACUAUCAAAUUGGUGACAAACUUUUCUAUAUAAUGAAGUCUUGGCAACUGUUUUAUAGUUAUCUUUUGUCUCUUUGUUGGAAGAUUGUAAUAAACAAUACCGUCUUUUUGACCAGUUGAAGUUAGCUUAAGUCUGUCAAUGUCACUAACACAAUAUUUCGGUAAACUGAAUUUUUCCUUCCAUUAGAAUUACUGUUUUGAGCAGAAAUAUGGUAUUGACAAUUUUAUUAGAUUUACUAGUGGUGUGUGAUCGUGAGAGUUUUCGAGAAGGAAUAGAAACGAAUAAAAUCUGUUAACAUUGUAAUAGUCUUUGAUAAUUGAGAUGAUGAAAGUGUUUUCAUCAAGUCGGCUGUGCCAAAUUUCAAUUUUCAAGCAGAUUGUCUAUACAUUAUUUGUUUAAUUGCACGUUAUCUAAUUUUGACAUUGACAUUUGACAUUUUCGCACAAAGUUGCCAUAUUGUCAGGAUAGUAAAGAAUGUAGGGAAUUAUGAACUGCAGUUGGUAGUACUGUGACGACAUAGAUGCCAUUGAUGACGUGAAUUAACUUUAAGGAGAUAAUUUCGGUUUUACUGCAGACUCAACAAUAUCUUUUCUUUAAGAUAACCUGCAAGGUUUAUUUUGUUGCAGUUUUUAUACUUCAAAUAAUAAUUUUACCACUCUCUGUAUAUUUCGAUUCAAGUCUUGACUCGAUGUGUAGUUGAUUUACAAUCGAAAAGCCGUCAAAAAAAUUGAAAAAACAUCUCACGGUCUCAUACCACUUGACAGUGAUAUUUUUAUCAAAAUAUUCCUCUACUUAUUUUAUAAAUUAAUUCCUUUAUUUUAGGGUAUUUUACACAUGGCCUAAUUGUUUAAAAUAUUGUUAUAUUUAACAUCAUUAAAACCACAUAGCACAAAUUUUGUUGAUAUCAAAAGAAAUUUUGUUGCAUUCAGAAUAAAACCGAUUUACACAUUGAAAAUUAUAAUCUUCGUUUCCUAGAUGAAAAGCUUAUAAUGUUCGGUAUUAGCACAAAACAUCAAUCUUAUUUGGCUGUUUUGGGGUAAUUAGAAUGCCAAAAUGCGAUGGCAAUCAGUCAUUCAUAAUAACUGUUAAGAUGUAUUCGUACAUGCUAGUCAUCUCAUCAAAUUACUAAAUUUUAGUUUAAAUAUCUCUGUAAAACGCAUUUUUGUAUUUUUGCGUAUGUUUUGUGUAAAAAAGGUCUAAUCAACUAUCAAUUAACCAACUGGUUUUUGUAUCUAUCCGUCAGUACAUACAGUAACUACUUACAUUUUACUUGAGACCGUUCACAUGCUCGUUUUAAUGACUUAAAACGGGGUUAGAAUGUGAACUGUCUCAAGUAAAAUGUAUGUAGCUGUAAUCGCGCGUUAAGCGCUUGUCAUGAGAACGGGGCCUUAAUCUUCCUAAAUUGGGUUUUAUAAGCUGGUCUACUUAGUUUCGUUUGCAAAUCCUUUAUAAUUCAAUAUCGUAUCAAAACCAUUAGCAGCAGAAUUCAGAAAUCAUACUGCUGCUACAAGAAAGGCUUUGAAAAUCUUCCUGAAUUGAGUUUUAUAAGCUUUUCUACUCAGUUUUGUUUGUAAAUCUUUUAUAAUUCAAUAUGAUACCAAAACAUUUGCAGCAGAAUUCAGAAAUAAUCGUACUGCUACAGAAAGGCCUUGAAAAACCUUCGUUAAUUGGGUUUUAUAAGCUUGUCUCCUCAGUUUUGUCUACAAAUCCUUUAUAAUUCAAUAUCGUAUCAAAACCAUCAGCAACAUAAUUCAGAAAUCAUCGUGCAAUUACAUGUAUAAAAGUCUUAAAGAUAUACUUAAAUUGAGUUUUAUAAGCUUGUCUACUCAGUUUUGUUUGCAAAUCUUUUAUAAUUCAUUAUUAUAUCAAAACUAUUAGCAGCAGAAUUCAGAAAUCAUCCUGCUGGUACAAAAAGGCCUUGAAAAUCUUUCUGAAUUGGAUUUUAUACGCUGGUCUACUCAGUUUUGUUUGCAAAUCCUUUAUAAUUCAUUAUUAUAUCAAAACUAUUAGCAGCAGAAUUCAGAAAUCAUCCUGCUGGUACAGAAAGGCCUUGAAAAUCUUUCUGAAUUUAGUUUUAUAAGCUUGUCUGCUCAGUUUUAUUUGCAAGUACAUACUUAUAAUUGAUUAUUAUAUCAAAAACAUUAACAGCAGUAUUCAGAAAUCAUCCUGCUGUUACAUAAAGGCUUUGAAAAUCUUCCUAAAUUGAGUUUUAUAAGCUUGUCUACUCAGUUGUGUCUGCAAAUCUUGUAUAAUUCAAUGUUAUAUUAAAAUCAUUAGCAGAAUUCAGAAAUCAUCCUGCUGGUUCAUAAAGGCCUUGAAAAUCUUCCUAAAUUGAGUUUUAUAAGCUUGUCUACUCAAUUUUGUUUGCAAAUCUUUGUAAUUGAUUAUUGUAUCAAAACCAUAAGCAUCAGCAUUCAGAAAUCAUCCUGCUGGUACAAAAAGGCCUUGAAAAUCUUUCUGAAUUGGAUUUUAUACGCUUGUCUACUCAGUUUUGUUUGCAAAUCCUUUAUAAUUCAUUAUUAUAUCAAAACUAUUAGCAGCAGAAUUCAGAAAUCAUCCUGCUGGUACAGAAAGGCCUUGAAAAUCUUUCUGAAUUGGAUUUUAUACGCUUGUCUACUCAGUUUUGUUUGCAAAUCCUUUAUAAUUCAAUAUUGUAUCAAAACCAUUAUCAGCAGGAUUCAGAAAUCAUCCUGCUGCCUUGAAAAUCUUUCUAAAUUGUGUUUUAUAAGCUGGUCUACUCAGUUUUGUUUGCAAAUCCUUUAUAGUUCAUUAUUAUAUCGAAACUAUUAGCAGCAGAAUUCAGAAAUCAUCCUGCUGGUACAGAAAGGCCUUGAAAAUCUUUCUGAAUUGGAUUUUAUACGCUUGUCUACUCAGUUUUGUUUGCAAAUCCUUUAUAAUUCAAUAUUGUAUCAAAACCAUUAUCAGCAGGAUACAGAAAUCAUCCUGCCGCCUUGAAAAUCUUUCUGAAUCGAGUUUUAUAAGCUUGUCUAUUCAAUUUUGUUUGCAAAUCCUUUAUAAUUCAUUAUUAUAUCCAUACUAUUAGCAGCAGAAUUCAGAAAUCAUCCUGCUGGUAGAGAAAGGCCUUGAAAAUCUUUCUGAAUUGGAUUUUUUACGCUUGUCUACUCAGUUUUGUUUGCAAAUCCUUUAUAAUUCAAUAUUGUAUCAAAACCAAUAUCAGCAGGAUUCAGAAAUCAUCCUGCUGCUACAUAAAGGCCUUGAGAAUCUUUCUGCAUUGAAUUUUAUAAACUUGUCUGCUCAGUUUUGUUUGCAAAUACUUAUAAUUGAUUAUUAUAUCAAAAACAUUAACAGCAGUAUUCAGAAACCAUCCUGCUGCUUCAUAAAGGCCUUGAAAAUCUUCCUAAAUUGAACUUUAUAAGCUUCUCUACUCAGUUUUGGUUGUAAAUUCUAUAUAUAAUACAUUAUAAUAUCAAAACCAUUAGAAGCAGAAUUUAGAAAUCAUGUUGCUGCUACAUAAAGGCUUUGAAAAUCUUCCUAAAUUGAGUUUUAUAAGCUUGUCUACUCAAUUUUGUUUGCAAAUCUUUGUAAUUGAUUAUUGUAUCAAAACCAUAAGCAGCAGCAUUCAAAAAUCAUCCUGCUGCUUCAUAAAGGCCUUGAAACUCUUCUUUUUUUUUUACACGCCUUGGGUUAUUAGCGUAGUAUUGAUUUUGAUUAUUGCUCGGCUGAAUUGACUAGCAUGUUUAAAUGUUGCAAAAAUCCUGCAUAUGAGGAUGCGCUAAUGUGCUCUUCUGUAAAGCUUGGUGUUUUGGCUAUUUAUUUUUGCUGGUUUACAUUGUCAAAAAGAAGUAAAUUGGUUUAACUAAAUGUAAAAUAAAUACCUUAAGGAAUUACUAAAACGUAUAGAAUAAAUGUAUUAAUACUUGAAUUUUUCACAGAAAUAGUAAACAUUUUUGGGCAGCACGUUUGAGACGUUACAUUAAUCUGUAGCAGCUUUGGUAAAAAUCUGUUUUGUUUAGGUUGUGAAUCUGAUGAAUAUUUAAAAACUAUAACACUUGGAAGCAUGGGAAUAUUUGAAAUGAUAUUUUGAAUAGCAUUAUCUGUAUGUUCUCUACAUCCAAAAAAUAGUGGUAUUUAUAUCAGUUAUAUUAUUUGUUAUCUUUUUCACCGAAAUAUAUUUCAGUGAAUAAAGUACAUACACUUUAUUUUGUAGUUAUGCUUAGUAAUUGUUAUGUAGAUUUUAAUUCUUAAUUCCUAACUUAUUAGGUUUUUUAAACUACUUAAAUUUUAAAAAACAUUUUCUGGCAUCAAAAAUAAUCUCAAAGUGCAAUAUGCUAAUUGAGCGUUUUAAGGCCCUUAUUUGACAUUAUUUCCAAAUAAUGUUAGAGCUUAAAACAUAGAUGUGUAUAGAGUAAGCUUCGAAUAAGAAGAAUUGACGUCGGGCAAGUUCUUUGGAUACCAUAUAGAGAUCUGACAUCUGCUUUGACAUAUUCUGUGCUUUCUCUAUACAUUCAUAGACUGAAAUACUAGUGUAGUCUUAAAAACUUGCAAAAUUUUACUUAUUUGGGGCUUACUGUACUGUCAAUAUUGGUGUAUGUAUUGACAAUGAUAUUGUAGUUCACAUGGUGUAAGCUUAUUAACAUUGUUCUUUGAAGUGUCAUAUUUAGGCAUCUAUGUUUUAACAAACAAUGACUUAACUUGAUUGUUUAGUUGUGAAUUAAAGAUUUUUAACAAUAGUCGAUGCAGUAAUGGUUGCUGCUAACUUCAAGUAAUUAAAUCCAUUGAACAUUUUUAUUUUUAACAAAUAACAAUAUUUAUAUCAAAGAUAAAUUAAUUACUAAAAUAACUUUUUUAUUAAACGGAUUGUAGCUAUUCGAGAUUCAAUUGUAUAUUAUUAGAAUAAUGUUGUACAAUCCAGUUGUAAAUAUAUAAAGACGUAUAAA